GAGAAAUGUUUGACUUUGUUCUUCAGAUAUCACAAUUUCGUCGUCUUCUUCAGAACUUCAACGCUUCUCAUGUUACUCCACAUUGAAUCCGUUAAUUCCUCCACUCCCCUUCAAUUCCAUUUAAAUUCUUCUUCUCAAUUCCCUCCAUGUCUUCAUCAUUUUCCCGGAAAACUCCUGGAUCCUCUGAUCGGCGUCCAUGGCGUGGACAUUCAGCUCUGGCGCCCAAAUGUUUCUGUUUCUUUCUGUUUUACUUGUCGCCGGCGGCCUGAGGAGUGGCCAUACCGCUUCCUUUAAGUUCAGUAUCCACCAUCGAUUUUCGGAUUCGAUUAAGGACAUUCUCGACUCUGAGGGUUUACCGGAGAAACACACCCCUGGGUAUUACGCGACUAUGGUCCACCGCGAUCGGCUACUUCACGACCGGCGAUUGACCACCACUAACGAUGAUACGUCGCCGAUGUUCUCUUAUGGGAACGAGACCUACAACAUCGGCGGUUUGGGAAAUUUGUACUACGCCAAUGUAUCGGUCGGAACACCGGGCCGAUUUUUCUUAGUGGCUUUGGAUACUGGAAGCGAUUUGUUCUGGUUACCCUGUGAAUGCACCAAAUGUCCUACUUAUUUGACCAAAUUAGAUGGGGAAAAAUUUUGGUUGAAUCAUUACAGUCCAAAUGAUUCAACAACAAGCACAAAUGUACCCUGCAGCAACUCUUUGUGCGAGCUUACAAACCAAUGCACUUCAAACAAAAGUACUUGUCCUUACAAAACUCAUCAUCUGUCUCCCAAUACCUCAUCUGCUGGAUACUUAGUACAGGACAUAUUGCACUUGGCCACUAAUGAUUCACAAGUCAAACCCGUCGAUAUGAAGGUUACUCUAGGAUGUGGUAAGGUCCAGACUGGUCUAUUUUCAAAUAUUGCAGCUCCCAAUGGUCUUAUUGGGCUCGGCAUGGGAAAGCUAUCGGUUCCGAGCUUCUUAGCAAGCCAUGGGCUUCCUGAUUCAUUUUCCAUGUGUUUUGCAUAUGAUGGUCUUGGGAGAAUCGAUUAUGGAGACGUAGGCCCAUUAGGCCAGAGAGAAACACCCUUGAAUCCCAUGUCUUUAUACUACAAUGUCACCAUCAUUCAGAUAAUAGUGGUAACAAGACCCACUAAUGUUGAAUUCACUGCAAUUAUCGACACCGGUUCCUCUUUUACAUACCUAGCUGACCCAAUUUACUCUCUUAUUACUAAGAAAAUGGAUGCAGCAAUGAAAUUAGACCGCAUUACGUUUGAUUCUGAUUACCCAUUUGAGUAUUGCUACCAACUUCCUCUAAAAACAAUAUUUUUAUCACCCAAUUUGAAUUUUACAAUGGAGAGUGGAUAUGAUUUUGGCGCUAUUACUACGUAUGUUAGCAUUCCUACUGAUGAUAUGGGUGGAUAUGCCGUUUGUCUAGCCAUUUUGAAAAGCACUAAUAUCAAUAUAAUUGGACAGAAUCUCUUGACUGGUUAUCGCAUUGUCUUUGAUCGUGAAAAGAUGGUGUUGGGAUGGAAAGAAGUAGAAGAUUGUAACAGUUAUGGCGUCGGCACGCCCUCCGGUAACUCUCCUCCGGCCAACGAAUAUCCACCGUCCGGCGACUCUCCUCCGGCAACUUCUACCCCAAGAAAAAGCAACAGUACGCAACCAUUGCCGGAAAUUGGGGCGGGUGAUGCGACGCCAUUAAACCCACUUGUCUCUCUAUUUGUUGUCAUUCUUGCAAUUUUGUAUGUUUGACUUUGGUUAUUCUUUUCUAGGUUUCAUCUUCUUGGUCAUUAUUUAUUUGAUGUAUUUUAUUUUAAUUCUCAAAAUAAUAAUUAAAAAAUAAAUUGUUUGAUCUAUUUUAACUAGAUUAAAAAAAUAGUG